AUAUUCGUGGGAGCUGCUCAGACUAGUUUGGGUCAACUUCCAAGGAAAGAUCCCAAACUUUUCCUUUCGUCUACUUCGUCCAGAAGGAACCCUUACUACCACUAUAAUACCAAACCUCUGCUUACUCUUGUAGCAAAGUGAGACUGAGGCAUGGCUUCUCUUUCCACCUUCCUCACACUCACUCUCUCCCUUCUCUCACUUCACGUUAACGCCAAAGAAGUGGUCAUCCCCGAAGACGGUUACACGGUGAGCACCAUCUUCGACGGCCACAAGCCUCACAUCUACCCCUUCAGCCUCCUCCAACGACCCUCUUCCUCCGAUCUCAUCCUUCUCGAUUUCGUCAACAGCACUUUCUACACCGCGCAAUUCCCCAUUUCCCAAGAAACCGUUUUCACCAGGUUUUCUGGAGAUGGGUCUGUCGGGUAUUUGGAUGGGGACGUGGGUUCGGCUCGGUUUGCCAAACCCAGAAGCUUUGCUUUUGAUCUCAGAGGGAAUGUGUAUGUUGCUGACAAGUCCAACCAUGCAAUAAGGAAAAUUAGCGCUAAGGGUGUGACCACAAUUGCUGGAGGACGGUUCUCAGAAAAGUCAAGCACAAAGGAUGGACCUGCCCUGAAUGCAUCGUUUUCAAAUGAUUUUGACCUGACUUUCAUUCCUGGUCUGUGUGCUUUGCUGGUGUCAGAUCACAUGCAUCAAUUGGUCCGCCAGAUUAAUUUGAAGGAGGAGGAUUGUACCCUUGGUUCUAAUUCCGGGCUAGGUGCAGUUAUGACUUGGACUCUAGCAUUAGGACUUUCAUGCUUACUGGGCUUACUAAUUGGGAUUGCAGUGCGCCCUUACAUCAUUCCUAAUAAAGGCUACAACCCUUGCCGAUUCAUCGUGACAUGGAAGCAUUGCCUAACCAGUCUGGGGAAGCUAGUGACGAUGCUCUUCUUCGGCACGAAAAGCGCAGUUGCUAGCUAUAGUUGUUCCUCUGUUUGCACAUUCCUGACGAGGCUUUGGAGAUUGUGUUUCUCUCAUCUUGUUUGCAUGUCUAGAGUUAGAAUCAACAUAGUGACUGAAAGACCACAUCUAGAAUCGGUGUCUUUGCUAGAUUUAGAUGGCUACAAUAGUGGGGAGGUAAUAAAGGCAAGUAAGUAUCAUGACCAAUUGAAGGAUUUGAUGAGUUUUGAUGAAGAUUCAACCAAGGCAACCUUCAACAAGGGGUAUGAAGGUGAUGAUGUCAUGAUAAAGGCUAACAUGGGCUUCGUAGAGCUACCUAAGGAUAACAUUUUUCAACAAGGAUCAUCUGUGUGUAAUUUGGGUAUUGUGAAGCGUAGAUGAAGUUAUUUGUAAGAACAAUACUAUUUUGCAUAUAUUUUGCUACCAACAUCCAUAUCUUUUUUUCGGCUCUUUUCAUCUAUUAGUGACCAUGUAAAGUAUGGAUCUGUACUGUUAAAAAUCAUGAACAUUUGAACUUUCUAAUGAAAACUUGCUCAAUCUGAUUGGAGAA